AUGAAGGCAAUCGGUAUCAAAGCUGCAACACCUGGCACGACGCCAUACUCGGCUGCGAAUCCAGCGCCAUCUUCAGCGAUUGUCAACAUCGACAGACCUAUUCCAAAGCUUCGCAGAACAGGAGAUGUCGUGGUCCAAGUCAAGGCCACAACUGUGACAAGAGAUGCUCUGACUUGGCCAGAGCUGUACGAAGCAGAAAAUUCGGCUCAGCCUGGUAAUGACUUCUCCGGAAUCAUUUCAGCAGUCCAUGAUGACGAAACAGAAUUCAACAUUGGAGACAAAGUCCAUGGCAUGACUUCCGCACACCGAGGUGGCGCGUGGGCUGAAUACGUGCUUGCAGAGAAAGACGAAUUCGCAAGAAUGCCCGAAGACCUUUCCUGGGAACAAGCUGCCUGUCUCCCGAUGAGUGCCAUGACUGCCGACCAAGCCUUGUUCGUGCACGCAGGCCUCAAGCGCUCAGGAAUCACGAAAACUGUCCUCGUCACUGGCGCAGCAGGAGGAGUGGGAAUGUAUGUCGUCCAGCUUGCACGAUUCGCCGGGCAUAAAGUCAUCGCAGCUACAAGCUCUCUUUCGCGAGACCGCGCCUUUCUCCAAGAGCUCGGGGCCGAUGGUAUGCUAGAGUACAAUCGCAACAACCCAAAAUUCGAAGAAGCUUCUUUCGACGUUGUGAUCGACACGGUUGGCGGACAGGUCCUCGAGACUCUCAAGCUUUCGCCAAAACUGUUCAAACGGAAUUCUGACGCGGUACUCGUCACGAUCGACUCGGCUAGCUACGACAUUUCGAAUGAGCCCCGAGAGACUGCGUUUCCGAAAUGCAAGUUCUUCAUCCUGGAACCUUCGAGAGAGAGCUUGGAUCGUAUCGCGAAAUCUGUGAAGGAGUCUGGUCUGAAGACGUUUGUGGCCAAGACCUUGGAACUUUUUGGAGAAGCGAGAGCCGCAUAUGAGCUUGCAGACAGCAAUACUGCCAAAGCUGGAGAUCGAAUGGCAAUGGAAAGGGGCAAGAUUGUGCUAGUGACGUGA